AUGGGUCCUUUGGCUCGGUCCAAAGAAACUCGGUUCAGGUUUAUAAAAAAACCUAAUAGGACUCAAUCGUGUUUCUCCAUGUUCUUCUUCUUCAUCCGUUCAGCCGCCCAGCUUCACCUUCAAUACUUCAUCUUCUUCGCAAAACCUCUCACCACCAUAAUCAUCACACUCCAUGCUCUUCUUCUUCAUCUCACCUCUCACGCACAACCUUCUCUCCCUCUCAGAACUUCUCAAAAUGAUGCCGACACGACCCACUGCUCCGCAACCAACAACCAAAUCGUUCUAUUUCAUUCUCCUCUCACCAAUUUGUUCCAUUUUCAAUCAUAA